AUACAAAAUGGACUAAGACACCCCCUAAACAGUUUCCCAAAAACUUGAUUUAGGUAGAGAGAUUGUGAUUUUUUUAAAUCUGUAAGUUCAGUAUAGUGUGAAUGAUGAUGGUAAGCUUAGAACAUGAGAUUGGAAAGAUGUUUGUCAUCCUUGGCUACACAGGAGAAUUUACUCCGGAGGCUUUUUUAAAAAUAGAGAUGCCUUUUCCCUACCACUAGAACGUUUAAUUACUAGAUGUAGGGUGAGGGUCCAGUAUCCUGUAGGUUAAAAAAUCUUCCCAAGUAAUUCUGAUCUAGAGCUGAGUUUGAGAUCCACUCUAUUACAGCAACUAAUUCUGUCUAUGAUGUUCCAGAAUACAGCAGUGAAGAAAUGCUAGUUGAAUAGAAUCUGGGAGGACGAAUAGAAUUUGACAUCAAAGGAUAAUCUAACAGAAAAAAAAUAGAGGAAUUCAAAGCCAAGAUUCCUGGCUAGGACUGGGUUGAUGUGGGAAUUUGUAAGUGUUCAGCAUGGUGGAAGCAUGGAGGUCAUAGGGCAGGUCUCAUGUGUGCAGGAAGACAGCACGGAGAGGGUUCUGGAAAGUGCAUACAGGUUACUGGACAGGAUCAUCUAGAAUAUCUAGGUUGGGUCUAGAAUGUGAGGGGCCAGAGAACUUAUCAUGAACCAAGAGUGUGUGGGCAUUAGGGAUCCAGCCAAGGCCAUAGUAUAAGGGAGAGACCUGGUCAUAGUGCCUGUGGUGGAAUGGGAAGAGGCCACAGACAGUGGAGACUACUGGGCAGUAUUCACAAGACAUCUCUGAGGCAGAAGUCACAGGAAAUGGCCACUGUGAACACUGUGUUAUCUAUUAGCAAUAUCACUUCUGGAAUUUUUUGAGCUUUCACUUCAAUAUUCUUUCCUCAAAUGACAAAGCAUUUCUUUGUAUUCAAAUAUCCCCAGUUAUUUUACCUUUUCUCUAUACAUUUAGGUAAUACUAAAUGAGAGAGAAAAAAUGGUCAUGACAAUAGAAUGAGGUUAUAUGAAUGUCUAUAUAAAAUAUAUGUGUGUAUAUGUAUGUAUACAUUCUAUUUUUUAUAUUCACAUAUAUUUUUUUUUUCUUAUUAUCAACAAUCACCUUCCCUAGAGCACUUUCUGAGUAUAAAUCUAUGAGCUUUGUAAGCGCAGCACCAGGAGAAUUUCUGGAGCCCAGUCUCUGCCUGUGUUUCUUUGUGCUCUCUCACUUGACAUUUCUGAAUGCAAAUAUGUCUGACAAGUGUAAAUAAGGGUGUCACAGCUCGGAAUAGUACCCAUUUCCGCCUUGCCAUCUCUUAUCAUGUAUGUGUUCAGGGAUGAAUAUGCCAUUUUCAUAUUCUAAUAUUUUCACAGUUGGAAUUUUUUACAGAGUGCAAUGGUGAGCUCUAUGGCUUCCAAGGUGAAGAAAUGGAUCUGCUUUAUAUCCUUGUAGAAUUCAGUGCAUUUGCAAAUACUUUGAAAAUAUGCCGAAAUCAAAAAAAGGAAUACUCGGUGUUCAGCCAGUGGACAGAAGAAGCGUCUGCUGCACAGUACUUCCAGGUGGUUCUAGAUGUUGGUUGUGGAUCGGGAAUCCUGUCAUUUUUUGCCAUACGGGCUGGAGCUAGGAGAGUUUAUGCAGUUGAAGCCAGUUCAGUAGCACAGUAUGUUGAGAUGCUAGUGAAAAACAAUCACCUUUCAGACAAGAUCAUUGUUUUGCCAGGAAAAAUUGAAGACAUCUCAUAUCCUGAGGCUGUAGACAUGAUCAUUUCCGAACCAAUGGGAUACAUGCUGUUCAAUGAACGGAUGCUAGAGAGUUAUCUUCAUUCCAAAAAAUGGCUAAACUCAAAUGGAAUGAUGUUCCCGACAUUCAGUGACAUCCACUUGGCCCCUUUUUCUGAUGAACAGCUCUAUGUGGAACACUUCUCCAGAGCCAAUUUUUGGUACCAGCAGUGUUUCUAUAGGGUCAAUCUGUCCAGUCUCCGGGGUGCAGCAGUGGAUGAAUACUUCAGGCAGCCAAGAGUAGACACAUUCGAUGUUAGGAUUUUGAGGGCUCAAACAGUCAAAUACACAGUAAACUUUAUGGAUGCAGAAGAGGAAGAUCUACACAGAGUAGAAAUUCCCUUUGUGUUUCAGAUGGCACAGUCUGGGCUCAUCCAUGGCCUGGCGUUCUGGUUUGAUGUGGCAUUUGUUGGAUCUCUGGUAACGGUUUGGCUGUCAACAGCCCCAACUGAGUCUCUGACUCACUGGUACCAGGUGCGGUGCCUCCUGCAGACUCCUCUCUUGGCCAAGGAAGGGGAGACGCUGUCAGGGAAAGUGCUGUUUGUAGCCAAUAAACAACAGAGCUCUGGCAUUCAGAUCGUGGCACUGGUGAACCAAACAGGCUUCAGAUCUGAGAACAUCCUCGACUUAAAGAAUCCUUUCUUUAGGUAAGAAAUCUUCCCAUGCAUUUUACACCUAUGUUUAUAAAAUCUUAA